UCCCGUACCCACGCAGCCUUUCCUGCAUAACUGGAUACCAGGCUAGCACUAGCAGCCUCCCUCCUCACUCGCAGAGCAUUUGCCGGCUAGCCCGCCUAGCCGCGCUCUCCACAACGAUGAGGAGGCAGAGCUCGCUAGCUCGCUCGUGCUCCUCAGUGGCACCGGCGUCGCCGCCGCCUCAAAACGGAGGAGUGAACAGCAAGCACCUGGUCCCCCCCAUGGAGGUGUCGGCGGAGGCCGGGAACGCCGGUGCCGCCGAGUGGCUAGACGACGACGGCCGCCCCCGCCGCAAGGGCACGUUCUGGACGGCCAGCGCGCACAUCAUCACCGCCGUCAUCGGCUCCGGCGUGCUGUCCCUGGCCUGGGCCAUCGCGCAGCUGGGCUGGGUCGCCGGCCCCACCGCCAUGCUCCUCUUCGCCUUCGUCACCUACUACACCGCCACGCUGCUCGCCGAGUGCUACCGCACCGGCGACCCCGACACGGGCAAGCGCAACUACACGUACAUGGACGCCGUGCGCUCCAACCUCGGCGGCGCCAAGGUCGCCUUCUGCGGCGUCAUCCAGUACGCCAACCUCGUCGGCGUCGCCAUCGGGUACACCAUCGCGUCGUCCAUCAGCAUGAAGGCCAUCAGGAGGGCGGGCUGCUUCCACACCCACGGCCACGGCGACCCCUGCAAGAGCUCCAGCACGCCAUACAUGAUCCUCUUCGGCGCUGCGCAGGUCGUCUUCUCCCAGAUACCGGACUUCGAUCAGAUAUGGUGGCUCUCCAUUGUCGCUGCAGUCAUGUCCUUCACUUACUCGUCUAUCGGACUGUCCCUCGGAAUCGUACAGACCGUCUCCAACGGUGGGUUCAAGGGCAGUCUCACCAGCAUCGGCUUCGGCGCCGGCGUGAACUCCACGCAGAAGGUCUGGCACACGCUGCAGGCCUUCGGCGACAUCGCGUUCGCCUACUCCUUCUCCAACAUCCUCAUCGAGAUCCAGGACACGAUCAAGGCGCCGCCACCGUCGGAGUCGAAGGUGAUGCAGAAGGCGACGCGCCUCAGCGUGGCGACGACGACCGUGUUCUACAUGCUGUGCGGGUGCAUGGGGUACGCGGCGUUCGGCGACGACGCGCCCGACAACCUGCUCACCGGCUUCGGCUUCUACGAGCCCUUCUGGCUGCUGGACGUGGCCAACGUGGCCAUCGUGGUGCACCUCGUGGGCGCGUACCAGGUGUUCUGCCAGCCCAUCUUCGCCUUCGUCGAGCGCCGCGCCGCCGCGGCCUGGCCGGACAGCGCCUUCGUCUCGCGGGAGCUCCGCGCCGGCCCGUUCGCCCUCAGCCCUUUCCGCCUCGCGUGGCGGUCGGCGUUCGUGUGCGUCACCACCGUCGUCGCCAUGCUGCUGCCUUUCUUCGGCGACGUGGCGGGGCUCCUCGGUGCCGUCUCCUUCUGGCCGCUCACCGUCUACUUCCCCGUCGAGAUGUACAUCAAGCAGCGCCGCGUGCCUCGUGGCAGCGCCAGAUGGAUCAGCCUCCAGACGCUCAGCGUCACGUGCCUCCUCGUCUCCAUCGCCGCCGCCGCCGGUUCCAUCGCCGACGUCGUCGACGCGCUCAAGGUGUACCGGCCGUUCAGCGGCUAACUUGGAAGGGACCUGUGUGUAAAACGCAGGACCGUGAUCAACUCGAUCGCUGCAGAAACCAGAUGAGAUUAAGAUUACUAGGCAAGCAGAGCGAGGCGGCCUGGCGUUAUUAGUUGGUUGAAUUAGGCAGGAUCCAGCUUUAAACAUUUAGGUCUAUUCCUAAAAUAAGAAAGACAAAAGAUAACUUUGUCCAACGAUAACAGCACGAGAUGUGGAGGUCAAAGCAACUCCCGCGUCAAGCAAAUCAAACACACAUCAGAAAUGGGAAACUAGGUCUGAUAUCAAGUCAGCUUAAAUCGA